AAGUCAAGAUGAAGUCCUCGGCCGUGAUCCUCGCCGCCUGCGCUGCCUCCCUCGCCGGCGCCACGCCCACGUUCCGCUCCGGCAACUGGAACUCCACCGUCGUCAACUGGAACUCGACCACGCCCACCAACUGGAACUCUUCUUCAACCACUGCCGCCAGCACCGGCAGCAGCAGCUGGAACUCGACAGCUGUUACCAACUCGACGACGGCGGCUGAGCUGCCUCCGGCGGAGGCGGCCACCGUCCCGACGACUCCUUCGUCUUCUCCUUACUGGAGCAACGGGACCUCUGCUGUUGGUGGAAGCAACGAGACUUGGGUCAACCGGAACGAGACGCAGUUCUCGCCGAACGAGACACAUGUGCCCGUUGUCCCGCUCAUUCGACGCUUCCGUCCGCAGAGGAAGGUGCUUUCUCGCGCCUUUUUGCCUACAUUUUAA